AUGUGGAGCACCUAUCUCUACAUCUACAUCACAACGCAAAACCUUUUCUUCUCUUGCUCUCAAAUACAAACCUCAGAAGAUACAAAUUAAUCAUCAUGGCAUUGGCAUUGUCCAACGUAGCUGCAAGUGCCACCACGCUACAGCAGAAAGAUCAACUCCCGAACCCUUUUGAGCUUCUAGACUCUCAGAUCCUGCACAAAGUUUAUCUCACCCACGUCAAUGAUGAUAAAGAGUGCGACAAGGAUACCCUUCUCAACCUUGUCCACAACACUUUGAUCUCAGCUUCAGCUCAAGUUUCAGCAACUGCUGCUGUUCUGCCACAGACUUCUGUUGAGAGUUUCAAACCAGACUUUACUACACUGAAGCGGAUUUCUUGUCAGAUAAUAACGACACGUGGCACUCCAGAAUGUGCACACCAAACAACACUUAAGAUUCUUCGACAACUGAGUGGGUUCUCCUGGGAUGUGAAAGCAAUAAUAUCUCUAGCUGCUUUCUCUUUGGAAUAUGGGGAAUUUUGGCGCCUCAAUGCGAUUCAAACAGCAGAACAAUUUGGGAACUCGUUGAAGCAGCUGAACCAAGUUGAAAGCAGAAAUGUCACUGCAGAUAUGACUGAUCUGGUCGUAGUUUUUGUGGAAGUGCUUAAUCACUUCAUAGAGUGGUCAAGAAUCUCUGCUAGGGGUUAUGACAUAGAGGAAGUGCGUUCCUUGGCUGAGGCCAUGCAACAUAUCCCUCUUGUUGUAUAUUGGACAAUUGCGGCAGUUGUUGCUUCUGCCGGCAACCUCAUUGGUGUAUCCAAUCAUAAAUUAUCAGAGUUUAAAAGCAGGCUUUUUGACAUUGAUAUCAAGUUGAAGACUGAUCUGGAACGUUGCAGAUUUGAAAUCGCGAAGAUAGAUGAUGUCCGAAGCCGUUUCAUUAGAAUUACUAAAAUUAAAGAUGUUGUAGAUCUUUUCGAUGUUCUGUUUCUUCCGGGUCCUAACAAUGGAACUCCCAUUCCCAAAAUAUUUGAAAAUGGUGUCGAAAUUACCACGGGUAUUCAAGUUUUCAAGCAGAAACAUGUGAUGGUGUUCAUUUCGGGGCUUGACAGCAUUCUAGACGAGAUUUUGCUUUUGAAUUCGAUCUAUAACAGAUUGAAAGAGAACCCGGGAGAAGAAGUAAAAGGGGUCAGAAAAGGGGAUUUCAAGAUUUUAUGGGUUCCCAUCGUGAGGGAGUGGAAAAGCGAGCAGAAGGAGCAGUUUAAUAAAUUGAAGGAACAGAUCAAAUGGAGCGUGUUGGAGCACUUUGAAGAGUUACCAGGACGUGCAGUUUUAACGGAGAUAUUUAAAUUCAACAUUGACAUCGGCAAGCCUAUUGUGUCUGUGAUCAACCCUCAAGGCCAUAUAAUCAAUCAGAAUGCAAUGCAGAUUAUUUUUGAAUGGGGUAUCGAAGUUUUUCCGUUUACUCAAAGUGACGGUGAUGAUCUCAACAAAAAAUGGAAAUGGUUUUGGAAUUUAUUGGAGAAAACGGAUCCCAAAGCAACGGCCAAGGGAAAGGAUAAUAGUAGUUACGUUUUCAUCUAUGGAGGUAACGACAGCACGUGGGUCCAGAACUUCUCAGCAGCGAUUGCAAAAAUUAACAAGAGUGAGAAUAUAAAGAAUGCGGAUUUUAACAUAGAGAGGUACCAGUUGGGGGAGGGUAACCCCGACAGUGUUCCUUGUUUUUGGAUCGGCAUAGAUGGGAAGAAGCAGAAUAGGGAGUGCAAGGACAGAAUGGACUGUGAAAUCCAAGAAGUUGUCAAGACCUUUCUUUGCCUUAAACAAGAUCCAUUGGGAUGGGUUCUUCUUAGUAGAGGGCGUAACUUGAAGAUUCUGGGUCAUGCUGAGCCUAUGUAUCAAACUGUGGUUGAUUUUGAGAAGUGGAAAUACAAAGUGCUCGAAAAAGAAACCUUUGAUCUGGCCUUCAAAGAAUACUAUGAUACGGUGAAAGAGAGAUAUGUUCAUCGUCCAUAUAACUAUAGUUCAAAUGUGCUAGCAACCAUAACUUGUCCAAAUCCCAUGUGUGGGCGCGUCAUGAAUGUGACAUCUGUUAGUUACAGGUGCUGCCAUGGUAGUGGAAACGGUUGCAGUAUCUGAUUAAUUUCUCUGCGGACCAACAAGUAUCUUCCAAUGUUUGCUUUGCUUAAAUAUCAACUUUUGUCUCUUUCUUUCAUAUCCAUGUCUUUAGACGAAUGUGUUGUGUUCUAUAGCCACUUUGUUCGCCCUUCAAUGGGUUGAAACUAAAUAAUGGCUUAUUUUCGUGUGCAUCAUACUGAAUUUCAUGAACGAAUAAAAUUAGUUUUAUAUGCAAACC